UUUUUUUCAACACGCACGGACGGAUAUUCCAUGGAAAUAAGACAGCUGUUUUUAUAAGGUUUCGGAUCUAAACAGAGAUCGAUUCUACUUAACCUUGGAGUUGUUGUUUGUAAGAUCAUGUACAGCUCAAUCAUGAGAGAAAUGAUUUUGCUUUGAAUUAAAAAGAAAUCAUUUCCACUCUCUCUCUCUCUCUCUGUGUUUUUUUGGCUGUUUUUAUUAUUAUUUAAUGCUUCAAAUCUGACAAAGCCAUGAGGAAGAAGCUUGAUACUCGUUUUCCAGCUGCUCGCAUAAAAAAAAUUAUGCAAGCUGAUGAGGAUGUUGGGAAGAUAGCACUGGCAGUGCCUGUUUUAGUUUCCAAAGCGUUGGAGUUGUUUCUUCAAGACCUUUGUGACCGUACAUAUGAGAUCACCCUUCAGCGAGGAGCAAAGACUAUGAAUUCACUGCAUCUAAAACACUGUGUACAGAGCUAUAACGUGUUUGAUUUUCUAAGAGAAAUUGUCAGCAAGGUUCCUGAUUAUAGUCAUGGUCACUCUGAUGCUGCUGCAGAUCAUAGACCUCUUCAAAAGAGAAAGCCCACUGUAGAUGAAUGCAAUGACAGUGAUGAGGAGCUGAAGAGAAGCAGGAUGCAUGAGACGAGCCAUGCUGGCAGCAGCGGCAGAGGGAGAGGGAGAGGACGGGGGAGGGGUCGUGGACGAGGUGCUCGAAAUAUAGAAAGAGAGACUUCUAGUCGUGACCUUGAAUCCGAAUCCUCCACAACCAUUCCGCAGAGUGUUAAAAAUAACUCGAAUCCUGAAGUGGUGAUGGACAAUGGCUCAGAGUCAAAGGAAUCUGUGAUGGAAAAUAACAUACCCAGUGAUGCUGCCAGUCAAGCAGAACGAAACUUUGAUCUUAAUGCAGAGGUUAAUGAUAGUGAGGAUGCAAAAGCUGCAGCAGCACCAGCUGCCGCCACCACUUCUGCCACCGCUGCAGCAGCAGCACCAGCUGCCGCCACCGCUGCAGCAGCACCAGCUGCCGCCACCGCUACAGCCCCUAGCUUAUCAGCAGAGCCUGCUGCAGAAACUAAUCAUGAAGAAUAUCCAGGUUGGUCACUUUCUGAGAUGGACAAGAUGGCUAUUGACCCUCUUCAGCUUGCACAACUCAGCACAAGAGUAGAUGAGGAGGAGGAAGAUUAUGAUGAAGAAGGAUGAUCAUGCUAUUAGCUGAGGCUCUUAGAAAAGAUUGGUGGUCAGGAUCCAAUUAAUGAGCGCAUGGAUACAAGGAGAGGAAAGAAACAGCUGGGUAAGAACCCUAGGUGGAGAACGGAAAUAUGCUCAAUCCGUUCUCCAAAUAGAAACGCUGAUUCUGAACCUCUCCUUUUCUUCUGUGUGAAUCUUUAUGCAUCUUCUGUCAUGCCAUUCUCUAACAACUUCCAGUAGUAGUAGAUUUGCUGACAAUAUGAGAUUGUUAGUUUGUGUAACUUAACUAUCUGAUACAGGAAGGAUGGGAUAGCCGUAGUAGAAGUUGCCAUUUGAGAA